UUUUGGCAGGCGGAAGAGACGGGCAAUGGGCUGGAUUAGGGUCGCUUGUUUGAAUCGUUGGUGCAGCACUGGAGAUUACACUUUCCUCCUGACGAUGUUUUCAGAACCGCAGCUGCAAAGUCUCGUGUAGUGUUUCGGCUAUCAAUCCGAUCUGAACUCACCGAGACAAGGAAUUGUUUGCCAUGGUGAUCCUAAGAGAAGGAGAGUGCCCUGGACUGACUGGUGAAGUGAUUCAGGCUCUGAAGUCACAGAACGUUCGGACUGUGGUAGACCUGGUCUCGUCAGACACCGAAGAACUCGCUCGGAAAUGUGUGCUUUCAUACAAGACCCUGGUUGCAGUGAAACGUGUUCUCCUGGCUCAAUACACGGCCUUCCCAGUCAAUGGAGCAGAUCUCUAUGAAGAGCUUCUCAGCUCCACAGCCAUACUGUCCACUGGGAACCCCAGUUUGGAUAAGCUGUUAGACUGUGGUCUGUACACAGGCGAGCUCACAGAGCUAAUAGGAGCUCCAGGCAGUGGAAAGACCCAGGUCUGCCUCGGUGUGGCUAUAAGUGUCGCCUGUGAUCUGAAGAGGAAUGUUCUAUAUAUUGACUCAACAGGGGGUUUGUCUGCCUCCCGCCUGCUCCAGAUGGCACAGUCCAAGGUCCACAGAAUGGAAGAACAUAUGGAGGCGCUGCGCAGGAUCCAGGUGAGGCAAGUUUUCAGUGUCUUCUCCCUGAUUGAAGCUCUGCAGGACCUCCGGAGCAGUGGCUUUCAUCAGGUGGCUGGUGGCAGUGGCUCUGUUAAGGUGGUCAUUGUGGAUUCAGUGGCGGCUGUUCUCUCCCCCAUCAUGGGAGGCAGGCAGACAGAAGGUCUGUCUCUCAUGAUGCAGUUAGCUGGUGAGCUGAGAACAAUGGCCAGGGAUCUUGGAGUUGCUGUGCUGGUGACUAAUCACAUGACGCGAGAUGGAAAUGGGGCGGUCAAAGCCGGUCUGGGGCGGUCCUGGAGUCACGUUCCUCGAACCCGAGUCCUGCUUCAGCGGGUUGAGAGGGAAGGGGCCAAACCCAGCAGCCUCCGCACAGCUACUCUGGUCAAAUCAUCUCGCCAGCCUUCACAGAUUUCACAGGAGUUUGACUUGGGGGCCUGCAACCGACCUCAAGAUUUACUUCCUGCACCCAGAGAAUAAGUGCAGCAGGGAAGCAUUUCAGAGUGCAAAGACACCAACCUGCACGCCAGUCUAAUCCACCCCCCCUUCAACGGCUGAGUCAGGGCUUCAUAGCCUUGAAUUCAUGCGGGUCAGUGGAGAAGACCCUGAAGAACGCAGACUGUGGUGCAAUUGGAGAAGCAAGUGUUGCCUUGGCCUUCUCAAUACAGUAGAUAACAGUGUUCUUUUUCUUUGACUUGUGAACUUCAAAGACUGUUGCGCCUGAUAUCUUCAGACUUGUCAAGGUACCCAAUCUGAACACAGUGGAUUUUGGGUGUGAACUGAAAGUUGCAGAAGUUAGGAACAUCUAGGGUGCAAGUAAACUUAUAAAGGUUUCCAUAGUAAAAGCACAGCACAGUGUAAUAAAACACAGUGAAAGCCCAGACAAGUAUGGUAAAGAAUAUAAAAAACAUGGUAAAUGCAUAGUAUAGUCGUGGGGAAAUCAUGGGAAAACUGCUGUGCAAAUAUACUAUGGGACAAUUAUAAGGGUAGUAUCACUAAGAUAGACAGAACCAUAAAACCUUUUGAGUGAAUUUGAUGAAUCUGUUAAUGGGUUUGUAUCUGUUCCACAUGUUGUGAAUGUACAGAUGUUGCUACUUAAUAAAACUGAAAGGCACACAAUGCUAUGCA